AUGUCUCUUUCGAAGAAACAGCGCGCGUUAGCUGCCAUCACCGGCGGCUUUGUAGCCGAUGCUGCGACGAUGGGGCUGCACUGGAUCUAUGACGAUGAAAAGAUGAAGCAGCUCGCAGUGGCGCAUGGCUCGGCUGGCCCCGAGUUCUAUGAGCCGCCGUCUUGCCCCUUCUACUCGUACGAAAGCGGCGCCUUGUCGCCGUAUGGGGACGAGAUUCUGCCCUUACUGCAGGACGUGGCGGAACGGGGUGAGUUCGUGCCGGAGAAGUUUGCUAUGACGUCCUACCAUGCUGCUAAGACUUACACGGGUAGACUGAACAGCGUCUUCAAGGAAAUGAUUAUCAAAGGUGACGCCGGCAAUAAGUACCCUGACCUGGCAUCUCCCAGCAAGGAUCUACACGGCGGCAUCAAGGCACCCAUUCUGGUUGCAACCUAUUAUGAAGACUCAUCGCUGCUGCUGCAAAAGAUCCGCGAGGCUGUGCAUGUGCACGAGAUCGGAGCGGAGGCGGAAAACGCGGCGGUAGCCACGGCACUGCUACUUCAGCAGGUUGUGCAAGGAGUCGCCAUCUCUGACGCUAUAAAGGCACUUACGUCCAACGAAGCAAUCGGUACGGACACACGUGCAUUUAUUCAGCAAGUCAUUGACGCAGUAGAUGCAAAGACCUUUUCUGACGCCACAGCAGCUAUCGCUCAUUUUGGCAAAUCGUGCUCGUUGCCUGGUGCGCUACAAGGGUCUUUGUUUGUGCUGCUGACCUCCGCCGGUUUUGUGGAAGCGUUGCGAGCUAACAUGUUGGCGGGUGGGGACAACUGCAGCCGCGCCAUCGCUAUUGGAGCUGUCACUGCAGCCAUGCAAGGUGGUGAUGCCAUUCCUGUUGAAUGGAAGGAAAAGACCAAGGUUUAUGCGCAAGUUCAAAAACUCGCAGAGAAGAUUGUCCACUGA